CCGGAGCUAGGAGAAGGCACCGGCUAGGUCCUAGGUGGCAUGGCGGGAGUUCCGGACAAGCGCAGGCCGGGCCCCGCGGCGGGGGAGCAGCUGCAGCAGCAACACGUCGCGUGCCAGGUCUUCCCCGAGCUGCUGGCCGAGGGGAGGCCCCAGCAAGGGUUCUUCUCUAGCUUCUUCACCAGCAAUCACAAGUGCCAGCUAAUGCUCCUGAAGACGCUGGAGACAAAUCCAUAUGUCAAGCUUCUACUUGAUGCUAUGAAGCACUCUGGUUGUGCUGUUAACAAAGAAAGACACUUUUCCUGUGAAGACUGUAAUGGAAAUGUCAGUGGAGGUUUUGAUGCUUCAUCAUCUCAGAUUGUUUUGUGCCAAAAUAACAUCCGUAACCAGGCCCAUAUGAACAGAGUGAUCACCCAUGAGCUUAUUCAUGCUUUUGAUCACUGUCGUGCUCAUGUUGACUGGUUCACCAACGUCAGACAUUUGGCCUGCUCAGAGAUUCGAGCUGCUAACCUCAGUGGAGAUUGCUCACUUAUAAAUGAAAUACUCAGGUUACAUUUUGGAUUAAAACAACACCAUCAGACUUGUGUGCGAGACCGAGCUGUUCUUUCUAUCCUGGCUGUUAGGAAUAUCACCAAAGAAUCAGCUCAGAAGGCUGUCGAUGACGUUUUUGAUUCUUGUUUCAAUGACCAUGAACCUUUUGGAAGGAUCCCUCAUAGUAAAACUGAUGCCAGAUAUGCUCACAGAGACUUUCAAAAUCGUGAUCGGUAUUACUCAAAUAUAUGAAGACAGUGACAUUUUAUGUUAUGAAGUUUCAACGAUCAUGAAGAAAUUAUGGUUCUCAAAUGGAGAAAUGUACAAAAUAGAAACGAUCAAUUAAAUACAGAUGACACCGAGAAGAUGCUGAUUCUAGCAUAUAAGAGAAAUUAACUGUGGCAAAAAAUGAAACUGCCUUAAACUCCAAGGCAAAAAUUAUUGUCUUUAUAGCUAACUGUAUGGAAAAUAAGGUAAAUAAAUUGCAUUUUUGUAUUUUGUACAGUGUACUUAAUUUUUUUUUUUUA